AGUCCUUGCUAGCUUGCUGCUGGUGUCGAGCCUAGCUAGGGGAGAGAAACCGUGGGAGAAUGUAGAAAACGUAUGACCAAAAGAAAAAGAAUAAAGUUAAGGAUUGAUAAACAUCUGGCAACGUGGAAGAAAGAAACUGAACAGGUAUCACCAGCAACUUGGCAACAUCUCUUCUCUCCCCUGGCUCUUCAGUGUGUAAGGACACCGCCCAAUAUCAUAUCUUAGUCACCCAGUGCCUCUUUACCUAGUACAUUAUUUCCCCUUACAUUUCACCAGUGCUAAAACUAACACCAGCAGGACAGAAGAAACUCAAGUGACUUUUGAACAAAGUCAGAUACACUGCAGCUACCAAAGUUCCCCGUCAGUACUCGUUGCCCCCAGAAUCCAACCUUAUCCAAGCGUCUGAUAAGUGUAAACCUCAGAACUCCUCAUCAUUCAUCAGCAUUUCUCAGUUCUCUCAUCAAGAAAGCUGUAGACAGCACUUAGCACCAUUAUGGCCUCCAUCAACCAGUCAUCCGAGCCGGAGAUCCCAGACAACCACAAAGAGAGCUGGCUGGCGCUACUUUCUGCUGCAGAAAUGUACUGCCAAAAGUCUGGCUGCGACCUGGCUAUACUUACAGCAUGUAAGAAGUUCCGGUCCUCGGCUGGAGGCGGAGAUGGGAUGAGGAAACGGGAGAGCAGCAGUGCCUUUCCUAAGGAGUGUGACUUCUCCUACAAUGUAUGGGGUCAAGGAUUUCUGGCUGAGUCGGCGCGCCGCUACAUGGAUGACAUCGGCGUGCUGCACUCCACGACCAUGCUAACAGCCCAAAAGCACACACGCCAGGCGGGGGGAGAGGGAGGAACCAAGCUGGUGGUUGACAUGACCUCUGACCCCGGACACAGGGGGAGCUUUACAGGAGACGGAGGCGUGGGUGGAGUUAGUCCCAAUAGCAGAUAUUCCCAAAGCUACCCAUCAAUCUACAAUGCGGGAGCUGUGACCGGGCAGGGCGGCGGGCAGAACGGUAAUGGAGAGAGGGAGAUGGAGAAGAGUGUGCUGGAGGCAGAGCGGGGGAGACAGAGAUCUGGGAUUGUGGACUUGGAAGAAGAGUGUGAGGACGAGGAAGAGGAGGAGGACAUGGAUGAGAGGAGACCCUAUGGGAAUGAAAGUGCCGGUGUCUUCUCUAUGGACGAGGACUCGCUGUCUCGGGACUGCGAGCCGUUCUUUGAGUCGGAUGGGGAGGAGGAGAGCACUGAUGGCUCUUUGAGUGAGGACGCUCCCCCGCCGACACGCGGCAUGGCUAUGGGUCAUGCUGCGUACUCGUCCCGUAACGCCCACCCCAUGGCUCUUGCCCGAUCACUACCUGUGUCUGUGCCUGUGUGGGGCUGCAGAGGAAACAGGGCUCAAGGAGACAGCAACAGUGGAGAGCGGGUGGGCUGUGCUGACCUGGAGCAUAUCGCAGCCAGUAUGAAGGCCUUGCUGGCCCCCGGAGCCAACGAUGGGACGGAAAUGUUUGGGGCCCUGCCUCGGCCCCGUCUCAACACAGGGGACUUCUCUCUCAAGCACUGAGAGGGAGACAGAGAGGCGAGUGGAUGGAGAGAAAGUGAAAGGGAUAGAGAGAGAGAGAAAGGUUGUCGUGAUGGGAGGAAACCUGGAUUGGCGGGCAGAUGUGACGUGCAGGAUGUGAAAACUGUAAAAGCUAGUACCUCCAUUUAUUUCUCACUAACCAAAAUUAACGGCACAUGCUUCGAGGAAAGAGAAAUGUUGUUAUGAACACUAAUAACAUUUUCAACACUAUUCCCCCACAUCAACAACACACGUGUCACAAUACCAGCUACUACACAUCCCAAAACACUAUGUUAGGAUUGGACUCCCAAGACGAGCGUGUAGUGCCCCACUGCACUGGCCAACCACGACACUAAAACAGGGUGUAUAGUAGCCUAAUGGCUGAUUGUUGAUAGUUAUGCACCUUGUGUGCUGAUAAAGGUUUUGGGAAGUUUGCUUAUUGGCAAUAUUACCUUUAAAUGAUGAGCGUUUAGGGAGCAGCUGUCUCUAGCUGGUUGAUCAUUGGCUCCAAUGUUGCAUGCUAAUGCUGUAGCAUCAUAUAUUAGCAUUGUUAUUAUGUGUAGUAGCUUUAAAGCUAAAUGCUAUGUUACCCUAAACAAUAUAUGGCUGAAGGAUGGCAGUUUGGUCACUUUUCUGAAAUAUGAUAUUAAAUUAGCUUAAACAGUUCAUUUUAGUCUUAACACUGGGGAGACGGUUAGCUUAGCUUAGCUUAGAGUGAAAGCAGGUGGAAACGGCUAGCCUGGCUCUCUAUUUUGGGGGCAUUGCUUUUAGGAAAUAUUUUCACAAUAAAUUUUUGAUAAAUCAUUAUUGAUGAAGAUAUAAUGACCACUUUGCUGUGAUGCUGCCUUGAAAACCAGGAAAAGACAACACUAAUAUCCAAAAUUUAAUACCACAUCUAGUCUCAUAUGACAAUGUCGAUGUAAUUUAACUAGUGAAAUUAGAUGCAAACAAGCUGUGUACAGUUUGUAUUUGAAUUAAAUGAAUUGGCGUUACUAUAACCUACAUUUAGCCCCUUAAAAUGGUCAUUUUCACAUUUCUUUGUGUUGGAGGGUGUAAUUGUGAACUUGUAAGUUUGCUUCCAGUCUUUAUGCUAAGCCAAGCCAACCGCCUCCCAGCUCGUACUCGUGGCCCUGCCGUCAGUUACCUCUUCUGAAGUUUUAGCAUGAGGCACAAGAGCCAGUGAUCUCCCAGGACCACGUAGACGUUUUACCUGCUCGCUCCUAUCGUUUGCAGGUUAGGUAGACCAACAGGUCAUGUGUUGACAUCGUCCAAUCCCCCAGAAAAAAACCCAACACCAAUCUAUCCCUUGAAGGGGUAGAAACCAGAGAAAUGGUUGACUUAACAUGAAGCUUGUGGCUUUUCAAAAAUGUGAGCGGAGGACACCAGCACCUCCUCAUAACAUGCCUAUUUGUACUUUUAUUUUUGCCAAUGAAUGACUGACUGAUAGAAUGAUUGUAAAUCAAUACUGAGUUCUAGGUUUUGUUUUUUUUUUUGCUCCAGAGAUCUGGUUUGAAAUGACAGAAUGAAUGAGAAAGUGACUGUGUGAGAAAGAGAGAGAGAGAGAGAGAGAGAGAGAGAGAGAGGUUGAUUGGAAAGGAACAAAUGUCCAUCUCUGACAUUUCAAAAACAAAUAAAUGUUCUGUUAAGUACUUUUGUUUCAAAUAAAGGAGCAACACCAAGAGAAAA